CGCCUAAAGACCUCACUUUGUUAACCCGACUCGCUGAGCAAAAAAGGGAACACAACUGGAGAACGUUUUCUGUUGGAGCUUUGGUCUAUUUUAAUAAAUUUUCUGGACAUAACGUCUCUUUAAGGAAGUUUUAAGUGGUGACAUGGAACUGCAAAUAGUGCAUUUUAUUCGGACUGUCCUACUUAUACAAAUCUGCUUGCUCUGGAGCGGCCAGUGCUUGUCCCUACACUUCACAAACCAGCAGCCAAUAUAUGUCAUUAAAGGUCAUAGUUUAAUCUUACAGGUACAACUUGACCUGCAAGAUGGGGAGCGUGUUGCCAAAGUGACGUGGGACUACAAGGCAAACAAUUCUGCAAAGAUUUUGACAGUGGCUGAGUUUCCUGGUAGAGUUUCUAAUGGAAGGGUCACUGUGGACCAACAAGGAUCCACUCUGAAAAUCAGGGAUUAUCACCCAGCGGACAGUGGCAUAUAUACAGUUACAGUUACAAACCAAUCAGGGCAGAGACGUUCAGAACAGCAAGUCGUACAAGAGUAUCUGGCAGUAAAUCAUGUAUCAGUGAUGGUGAAUGUGUCUCACUGCACUCUGCACUGUAUGGAGGCGUGGGGCACUGAGCCCACCUUCACCUGGCUGCACGAGCAAGCGGCUGUGACGGAGGAAGUGGGUCGUGUGUCUGCAGAUGGAACAUCUCUUUACAUCUCCAGCAGCUGCUGUGGACACUUCACUUGUGUGGUGAGCAACAAACUGGGCCACAGUUCUGGAACCUACACUGCAGAGCCAUGCGAGAGGAAAAACAAAGCCACGACUGCAGUUGUUGUGUGUUCAUUGCUGAUGCUGCUGCUGGUCACAUCUCUGGUGUUUCUACUAUGGAGGAGACACCGGUACCAAAGCAACAGAAGGGAACGACUGAUCGAGCCGUAUGAAGACACUCUGUGAGCGAGCUGGACUAACCGAACCGCAGGCGGUGCAGGUCACACUGCAGGGACCGAAUCCUUCCUCUCUCAGCACUGGGACAUCAAGACUGUGCACUGAAGAAGCUGAUGGAUUAUGAGUCACUUGAAGCUUUCUAGAGGCAAAUACAUUAUUUGACUGUUUGUUUAUCGGAUAAUGAAUUAUACUAUGUUUUGCUUUAGACUUUUUAUAUGAUGCAUAAUUGUUAUAUUUACAUUUACGCAUUUGGCAGACGCUUUUAUCCAAAGUGACUUACAGUGCACUUAUUACAGGGACAAUCCCCCCAGAGCAACCUGGAGUUAAGUGUCUUACUCAAGGACACAAUGGUGGUGGCUGUGGGGAUCAAACCAGCGACCUUCUGAUUACCAGUUGUGUGCUUUAGCCCACUACGCCACCACCACUCCACAUAUUAAUGGAUUAAUAUUCAUAAUACAAAAGUCAUCUAGGAAGUUUGAUGUACUUAGAAAUAAUGGUGCCACUGAACAAAAUGUGUUGGUAUCAUGAACUAACAAUUAACAAUAUAUUUAUACAGCAUUUAUUCAUCUUCAUUCAUUUAUAAAGAUUGUUUAUAAUGCAUUAACUAAUGCUGACAUAUACAACGUCACAUUUAAAAAAUUAAUUAGUAAAUGUUGUAAUUAACAUUAACCAGGAUUAAUAAGUGCUUCAUUGUUAAUAAUGUAGUUAACUAACGUUUAUAAAGAAAAUCUUAUUGUAACGUGUUACCGGGUAAACCAUAUGAUGUAACUGAGCACGUGUAACAUUAAUGGAAUAUUCUGGGUUCGCUUUGUAGUGUUUACGUCUUGUGGCUCUACUUUUAAUACAGUAUAUUAAAGUUUACCGAUUUGCCCCAUUCACUUCCAUUGUAAGUGUCUCACUGUUACCUCCAUUUUUGCUUCUUUUUUUAAAGAAGGGAGGAGUUGAAAUACAUUUUUGUGGUAAUCAGAAUUAUCGAUUGAGCUUAACUUGUGUUGAACCAGGAAUAUUCCUUUUAAGAUUGAAGCUCAUUUCAAUGGGAUGGUUUUCUUAAAAGGUGCCCAUUUGAUUCUUUUUUUUGCACCUUUUUUCCACAUUAAAAAAAA